UUAUAGAUACUAUGUACCAAAACAAAAAUUCUAUCAUCCUUCUAGAGCUACAAGAUUUCCACCCACCAAAUCCCAAGAGCAUAUGCAAGUAAGAAAAACAUGAGGUUUUCUGUUUGAUUCUUUCCCCCAAGUCUUCUAAAGUACCAGAGGCAUAAUUAUAUACCACCAUACUUACCAUAUCAUCAUCCUCUCUCUUUCUCUCUCUCUCUCUUUUCUCUCAUUAUCCAAACACCCAAAACUCCACUCGUGCUUCUCACCAACUGAAGCAACAGGACAGGUUGUCUUUUAGACCCACACACAACAUGGGUUUCAAGAUUACAUUGAGAACCAUCGUACCCAGUUGCUUCAAGGCUAAGAAAACACCCCCUGAGUCGAAAAGCUGCGUUUCCAAGCGACAUUCAUCGAAGCGGCUGUCGCUUUUGGAUUUGAGCAACCCUGGUUCGCCGCUUUCCGCCAGUGACUUCUCCAAUUCUGUGAUUGGAACAAACCUUCAUGUGUUCACUCUCCAAGAGCUGAAACUGAUCACUCAGAACUUUUCAUCAAGCAACUAUCUGGGUGAAGGCGGGUUUGGCCCGGUUCAUAAAGGGUUCAUCCAUGAAAAGAUUAGACCUGGCUUGGAGGCUCAGCCCGUUGCUGUCAAGUUACUAGAUUUGGAUGGCACUCAAGGCCACAUGGAAUGGCUGGCUGAAGUCAUCUUCCUCGGGCAAUUGAGGCAUCCCCAUCUGGUGAAGUUAAUCGGAUAUUGCUGCCAGGAUGAGCAUAGGCUUCUUGUCUACGAAUACAUGACGCGAGGCAACCUAGAAAACCAACUGUUCAGAAGGUUUUCUAUUUCGUUGCCGUGGUUAACCAGGAUUAAAAUCGCGGUUGGAGCUGCAAAAGGCCUUGCUUUCCUCCACUGUGAAGAGAUACCAGUGAUAUAUAGGGAUUUUAAAGCUUCCAACAUCUUACUAGACUCUGAUUUCAAUGCAAAGCUCUCUGAUUUUGGUCUAGCAAAGGAUGGCCCAGAAGGAGACGAGACGCAUGUUACCACACGAGUCAUGGGCACAGAGGGCUACGCUGCCCCUGAGUACAUCAUGACUGGUCAUUUGACAACAUUGAGCGACGUAUACAGUUUUGGCGUAGUUUUGUUGGAAUUAUUAACAGGGAGGCAAGUUUUAGACAAGAGCCGUCCCAGUAGAGAGCAGAGUCUGGUAGAAUGGGCGCGACCCCUUUUGAAGGAUCCUCGGAAGCUUGACCGGCUAAUUGACCCAAGGUUGGAAGGGCAGUACUCAAGGGAAGGGGCUAAGAAGGCUGCAGCCUUGGCAUAUCAAUGCUUGAGCCACCAAUCGAAGUUCAGACCCACAAUGAGUAAUGUGGUCCAGACCUUGGAACCUCUCUUGGACAUGGAUGACAUCCCAGUUGGGCCGUUUGUGUACAUUGUUCCUACUGAAGGUGAAAAAGAAAAAGGAAAGGAAGCAGAAACGAAUGAGAAAGGCGAAGAAACAGAGAGAGAAAAGAAAGCGAAUUGCCACCCCAAGCGGCCAAAAGGUCAUAGGCACAGGCAUCGACUAAGCUCAUCGCGAGCCGUCUACUCCGACACUGCUCUGUACAGAACUCUUAAGAAUGAUUUAGAUUCCCCAACGAAUUGGGGGAAAGGAGAUAUCAACUGGAAGAACUAAUUGAUUCAAAAUUUACACUGUACAUCGAAAGUUUUUCAUCAAAUACAUUACGCUUCGGGAAGUGAGGCCUCUUCCAUCAGAAUACAGGCUUGAAACUCUCAAGAAGAAUGUGAUUUUUCCCUGUUUUAGGUUUUUUACUGUGCUGCUGUAUAUGCUUCUUUUUCAUAUAAGAAGACUUCUAGUCUCAGUUGACUCUAAA